AUGGCGCCGGCAGAUGGGUUCUCGGCGCCCGGGGUCGCUUCGUACGACUCCAACACAAUGUCGGUCGGCGACGGCACCUGGGACUUUGAUAAGAAUACCUUCCUGUUGCCUAACCUAGUCGGCCUCAACUUCGAGACGAUGCAAUACAAUGGCAUGGGCAAUCGCUUCUCAACGGUCGCCCAGUACCACACUCUGGUGCUCGCCCACGGCGUCAUGGCCGCCAUCAUCUUCCUCCUUAUCGUCCCGGUCUCCGUCUUCACGGCUCGGUUCUACACAGCGAAGCCCGGCUAUGCGAUACCUUAUCACGCGCAACUGAACAUCCUCGCGGUGCUGAUGCUUAUCGCCGUCUUCGCCCUGGGCUGGUUCGCCGUCGGCCCCGAACGAAGUUUGACUAACCCGCACCAUGCUAUAGGACUGGCCAUCUUCGUCAUGUUUCUGCUACAGAUCAUAGGCGGCCGGCUUGUGAGACACAUUCGAGGACGCUCGAUCCGGAAGAUGUUUCAUCGCUGGAGCGGAAGGCUCAUUGCGCUCCUCGGCAUUAUCCAGGUUCCCCUCGGUCUAACGCUCUAUGGCUCGCCCAAGUGGACCUUCAUCAUCUACUCGCUCUGGGUCGCUUUUCUUCUGCUCGUCUAUUUCGUUCUCAGUUACCGUGCCGAGGGCGCUGAUCGUGGUCGCGACGUCUACAUCAGCGGUGGCCGUUCUGAAGGCCCGAGCGGCGUCACGGGGUCGGAAUACUACAGCGACGUGUACACUGAGAAGUCCAAGGGCCGCAAAUGGUUGGCGCCUCUUGCGGCCGGUGCGACCAUCGCAGCCCUGUUCAGUCGCAAGAAGUCCAAGGAGAAGGAGAAGGAGCUCAGCCGCGAGAGAUCCAAGUCGAGGAGUCGCAGCCGCGGGCCAGAGGUAAUAGGUUCUAGGCGGGGCUCGGCGAGUUAUCUCACCUCUAGAAGGGGCUCAUACACAUACCUCGAAGACGAAAAGUUCACCGAAGUGGACUCCCGACGGGAUGGCAAGAAGUCUGGAGGCGGUUUCAUGUCGAAGCUGUUCGGCGUCGGCGCUGCCUUUGGGGCCGGCAAGCUGGUCUCCAAUCUCAUGAAGCGAAAGGAAAAGCAGCCAUACGACGAAGAAUACUCGGCGGUUUCGGCAGAGACCCCAAGACGCCGCCCAAGCCGAAGCUACCCUGCCACCAGUGAAUACACCGAUUACACCGACUGGACCGAGGACACUCCACCGCCUAGACGUGGACCUCGUGAUGGUUCCAUCCUACCACCCCCUGGAGGUCCAACAGCUGCAGCCGCAGCUCUCAGUGCUGCCGAGCCACGAACAAAUCGACCCCCGCAUGCAAGGACCCGUUCGCAGUACAGUUUCGAGGACUCGGAGUACUCAUCAUAUGUCAGCCCGUCCAGACGGAAAGAUGACCCACCCGCCGGUCCCGCGGGCGGGGCCGCAAAGGGCAUCUUGGCCGGCUUGGGUCUGGGGUGGUUUGCCAAGAAGCUGGCCGACCGCAAGUCGAAGCGCACAGAGGAGCAAAGAAUCCGAGACGAAGAAGAGAUGAGGUCGGGAUUCACCGAAUCAAGGUACACUGCAGACGGGUUCUCAUCACCUUCCCGCGAUCGACGGGGCUCCCGGCGUGUCAGCGGACGUCGCCCGAGACCGCCGAUGUCGGCUUUGAGCACCGAAAUCACACAGUUGACCGAAUCUUCCGAGCUGGAGCCUCGACCUGCUGGCGCCGGCUACGGGGGGCCACCGAUGCCACCCCUAUCUGCGGGACCCCCGCCACCGAUGAUGCACACCGGGCCAGGAGGGCCUCCUGUUUACCCUGUCGGUCAUUCGCAAACAAUGUCAAGACACGAUGUCGUCGAACCAGUCGGCAUGCCUCCAAUGCCCCCGGACCCAGCAGGACUACUCCACCGCGAGUCUGAGAGCGAGGCCUACAUGUCACCUAGCGGGAGGCCCCGUCGACGAGACUCGUCUAAACGCAGGAGAGCCGGAGAAGAGGCGGCGGCUGCUGCAGUUGCGUCGGCCAGUGCGCUCGCAGCGGAAGAGGACCGCCGCCGCGCCCACUCGGAGCGCUCGCAGCCUGUGAGCGUCAAAGUCAGGGUUCACGACGACAAGGACAGAAACAUUACGCUACGGAGACUGACCGAAGAGGAAGCGGCCGCCAACAGGCGCGGGGAAAGCAGGAGGAGACGCGGCUCAGUCAGCAGUUUAUCCGGAAUCGAAGUUGGCAGUGGCCGACGUUACCGCCGCGACUCGAGUCAGAGACGAGCCGAAUCAGCAGCGGAGCACGUUGUCGAGGCCGGAGACCCCCUGCCGCCGCCGAACCCCGCAUUCGCUGCGGGCAGAAAGCCAAAAGACUCGGCCUACUACUCGGGAGGCCCGCCGGUACAAUCGACGCCGAUGGCUGGCGCUACUGUCUCUAGCAUAGGCAGCGAGAAUACUCAUGGUACCUGGAGCCAGAUGAGCCCUUCGCCCAGCGCACCUCAGACUAACCCUGUUGGGUCCGCAGCGGCCGAUAACCGUCGGAGGAGGAGACAGGAGCGUAGACGAAGCAGCUCGAGCCGACCGACAGGGGCGGACAUGUUCGAUUAG